AUGAGCGCCGGCUUGAAAUCGGGCUUUGACGGGAUAGAGGACCCAGCGCAAUGGGACUUACACAGUACAUGCGGAAUAGACCUUCAUACAGUCUUCCCCACGGCUUCACCCGCAGCACCCGCUGCCCACACACACGCCCACGCCCGUUCAACAUCACACCAUUCGCCGACGGACCCCGAAUUGCCAUCCAGGCCGGAACCGAACUCAGCGCUGUCGUCACCACACCAAACUUCCGGCGACCCCCACGCGCCCCCGCCUGCUGUCCCUUCGCCUGCGACAGCCAGCCAGGCGCCACGAGAACAGUCCACUCGAAGCGCCAAUCCCCUACCUUGGGGCGUCGACGGCGUCCCUGCGUCGUCGUUCCUGCAAUCGCCGUUUCGCACUCGACGCGGCGGUGCUCCCUCCCGACAACAGGCGCACCCGGCGCAUCUCUGGAAUCCGACCAAUUCAACCCCGAGAAACCUUGCGCCUCCCCACUCGGGCAGGCCGCGGCGCCCGUCCAGUCCGCCUCCCCCUCCGGUUCCCGUCGUUCGUCCCGAGCUUGCCGCCCUCGAAGAGGACCCGCGCGGCGCCCUUGGCAGCCGGGCCGGCGAUUUCCCGCUUCUGACGGUACCCGAGCAGCGAGAGACUCGCCCCCAGCUGUCUAACAGAGCCAGCCUUCAUCUCGACCGGUUUGCCGGAGCUGAGCAGCGUGUUAGUCUACCGCCAUCACUACGCCAUUCAUACGACGGGAAGCGAGCGAGCCACACCCCCUCGCCGGUCGAGGAACCAGAAGCUGGCCCGUCCACAGUUGUCCAUCAAGACACCACCCAGGCCCAUUUGGCUGUUCCCGAAACUAGGAAGGUUCGCAGCCGAGGGCUAAGCUUUACCAAGCUCCAAACACCCAUCGGACUCAGCUUCCGGCCGAGCUCUCGAAAGGAGGACAAAGGCAAAGGAAAAGCCGUCAUGGCACCACUACCCCAAUCACCACAACAAGACGCCGGGGAUGGCUUCACGCCAGACCUAGAGCGCGGGCCCGACCCGGCCGGCAACAACCACCGACACUCGACAGCGUCAGCCAUCUCCGGCAUCGGAUCUGCCAUGUCGAGUGACUCGUCCAUCAUGGGCGAUCCAGACCAGCCGCCAGACAACGGCGAGGAAUGGGGCCCGCAGCACCCGUGCUUCCCGCACCUCAACCCCCACGUACCCAUCGACUCACCCGAGUACGCCAACACGCGCAUCAUCCGCGUGCGCCGCGACUGGUUGCUCGAAGGCGACCUGGCCCCAACCUUCUCCAACCUAUACCCGGACAUCCUCGACCCGGCCGGCGUGUCGGAGCACGAGUUCCGCCGCGUCAUCGACAAGCUCAACUCGGAGCUCGUGCCCAUCUUCAGCCCCUACGCCUGGCGCAAUAUCUUGGACAACGUACUCGGCCUGGCGACCGGUUGGCUGUGGGAUGACCUGGGUCUGACGGCUGCUAAGGGCCGCCUGCGCACCCUCGAGAAGUGGAUCGAGCAGUGGAAUGCUGAUAUGGAGAAGGCUGUGGACACAGAAGAGGGCGGCUUUCCACCCAAGAUUGUGCCGCUGCGUCGCACGGGGUAUAUGACGCUCGAUAUCCAAAUCCCCGACCCUGAGCUCGCACCCGCGUCGCCCACUACAGAUCGCCCGUCCUACGACGGGCCAGAGUCUCUUCCCGUUCAACCACCAGCUGCUGUAACGGCGUGA